UAGGUCCAAAAUAAAUGUUCUGAAUUUAACAAAAUAUACCAACAGUUCAGAAUGGAAGUAAAAAAUUAUUACAAAGUGGAACUUCCAGAAUUUGAAUUCAAUCCUUCUGCUAAUUCUCUGCAAUAUAAUGUGUGGAUUGAAAAUAUCAAUCCAAAAUUACUUGACAGUGAAACAAGGAUAAAAGAUAUAACGGUUAAGAAUGAAAAUUUAUUGUUAGAACAACAAAAUUUGAAAAAAGGAUUGGCUAUGCAAAAUGCUGAAUUGCAUUUAUCACUACAAGUUUUUGAAACAAAACUGGAACAACAACAAAAGUUACAGGAUGCUAGAAGACAGGAAAUGGAAAAUGAAAGUAGUAGUUUACUUUUACGCUAUGAAGAUUUGAAUAAUAAAGUAGUUAAACUAAGGCAGCGCAAUUCACAAGAACAGCAAAAACUUCGUGAGGAAAUUUGGACAUUAGAAAAACAGUAAGAA